AUGUCUGCCUUUACCAAUAACCUGAUUCUCAUCCUAUUGCCUAUAGCCCUCGGCAGCCCGUUGAACGAUAUUCAUUCUUCUAUGACCCUCAGAAGCCCUGUCAAUCCAAUCAACGAAAGAGACAACAGUUUCGUAUGGGCCUCUGUCGGAGAUUCAUGGGCGGCUGGCGUGUCCUACAGCCCGACGCAGCAUACGGAUUAUGACAAUGAUAAGAAUGGAUGUCAUCGCUGGAAGGACUCUUAUGGUCCUAUUAUGGAACGAAACAAAACUUGGACGACAGGUCUUCAGACGUUCAAUUUUGCUGCUUGUUCGGGUGCCAUACUUUCCAACAUUGUCGCCUCACCGCAAGGCGACAACCCUCCCCAGAUGACUUUGGUCGGCAGUCCACAAAUGAUCACCUAUCAUGCAGGCGGCAACAACUGCGGCUUUGGCGCCGUCGUGAAUGAUUGCAUUUACCAACCUUGGGGAAAUUAUGGUGCGGAGUACCCAGAUCCUUCAGGACAGUGCGCGAAGCAGCUGGCGGACCGCAAUACCUACAUCGACAAGGCUGGCGAUGGUGGCCUUUACCAGGACGAGCUGAACACCGUAAGGGACCUGCUAGGCCACCCCGCUGUAAAAGACAACAAGGAUUUCCACCUCUACGUACUCGGCUAUGCCCACUUCUUCAAUGAAGGCGCUAACUACUGUGACGAUAUUUCGUUCGGUGUCUUAGCGUCAGUACCGCUGGUGGGCAACGCGCCCAAGGUCACUAACCGGCUGCGGACAGACCUCAACGAUGGCGUCGAGCGCGUGAACAAGAUCCUUGCGCGUGUCGCGAAAGAUGUCGGCGACUCCCGAGUAAAAUUCCUCGACAUCUCGCCGGCAUUCAAAGACCACCGAUUCUGUGAGGACCGAUACAGCUACAAAGACCAGUGGUAUAACGCCGACGUGUGGCUCUGGAACUUCAACACGCCCGCUGACGACCCACCCGCUGACCCGGCCCUGAUAGAUGCGUGGCUGAAUGGAAACCGCUUCCCAGAUAACACUACGCUGCCUAAUUAUCCCAACGGCACGAAGGUCGGCGUUGAGAUGCAAGGAGGCGUGGUGACGGAUGGCUCAGGUGGAAGUACAGGGCCAGGACCAACGUGGUUCCAGAGGCCUUUCCAUCCAAAGAAAGGUGGAACACAGGCGAUUGCGGACAUUGUUAUCGCGCAGGCAAUUGCAGACAAGAUUCCUGGUGUUGUCGGCUCAUCACCCCCUACUACGGGAACCUGUGAUUGUAAUGAGAACGGAUGUAGUCCCGAGUCACCGGCUUGUUGCGCAAACGGCACUUGUUGA